GCGAAGAUAUAUUCCAUGUCGAAUGAGAACACCGCGUGUUCACGAUGGUGUCGGUGCAGGCUGUGUUGUGGAUAUUAGCAACACUUACCACUGUGACUGGGUUUUCACUCGAUGACAUCACAACACGUCACCAUCGUCUUCAUGGGUCAGAGUUCGCCACUGAGAUUGUGAAGAAUUUUCUUCAGUGUAAGAGUCUGUGUGAUCGCCGAUCUCUGUGUAAAUCUGUCAACUACAAUCUAAGAACAAGAGAGUGUACGUCAAACUUCCGGGACUCUUUGACGUCAGAUACACUUUUAGAUUCCACUGUUCCAGGUGUUAUAUUUGCAGAAAAACGUUCCUUGUCGAAGGAUAGUGGUGUCUGUGAUGACAGCCCAUGUGAAAACUCACACGUCUGUACUCUGUUCGGAGCUGAAAGAAAAUGCCUUGAAGAAGAAAUCAGUUGUGACGAACCUCCCGAUGUCCCAAAUGCCACCAAGUCAAAGACCGGAAGCUCUCUCAAUUCAGUUUGCACCUACAGAUGUAACCGCGGCUAUGCCGUUGCUAACGGAACGACAACGUCAUCGUGUGACGUAACAAGAAGAUGGACCCUAACAAACUUUACAUGUGCUGUGGACUGUGGGAUUCCAUCAGCAGACCAUGGCGAUGUUACAUACGAGUCCACCAUUUUGAACAGCCUUGCGUCUGUGAAGUGUAACGACUUGUUCCAAUUGUUUGGAAACAGCAGUUCAGCCAGGUGCGACUUAAACGGACAAUGGAGCGGUUUUGGGGAGUGUCGUCAGGUUGAAUGGAGAAAUGAGAAUACGGACUUACGUGCCUAUCUGCCAGAACCCAUGACAGAUGGAUGGGAGAUGAUCUUCAAGGGAACACCGGAGGCUUCGAUUGACCAUUUUGCCAUUAACUUCAUGGAUUCAGUGAGAAUACACUUCCAUUUCGACGUCCGAUUUAACCUGCACAAAAAGACGAAGGUAAUCAAAUUAAACGCAAAGUUGGAUACUGAUUGGGGAACCGCUGAAAUGCCUGCAUCAUUUCCCUUUGAAGAACUCGUCCCCUUCGAAAUACACAUAAAGCUUGAGUCUGGGGUAUUUAAGAUUUUCGUCAACGGGGCACACCUUCAUGAUUUCAAUCUGAGAUCUCCUGCUGAAAACAUCACCUUUGUUCACAUACUUGCAAGUGUGACCAUUGACGAUCUGAAGUUCAUAAUGUGAAAACCAAACGUGAUUUAACCCUUUAUGUGGUGAUCUUAGCAAAAGAUGGCUCGAACUUUUACAAACAAUCAAUCAAUCAAUCAAUCAAUCAAUCAAUCAAUCAAUCAAUCAAUCAAUCAAUCAUUCAAUCAAUCAAUCAAUUUUAUUUGUCAUAGCUGUCAUUCAGCCAUUGGCUGAAACUUACAACUACAAUGCGUGAUCAUUUUAUGCAACAUUGAACACGGUAAAUGACUAGUACAUUAACAAUAUUAUUUAUAAUAAUAAUAAAAUAAUAAUAAUAAUAAUAACAAAAGCUACAUAUAAUAUACAUACUAUUAGGAGGAAACCAGUACUAGAAUUAUGAUAACAACUCUUUUCGUAUUUGCAUAGAAUAGUAAAUAUAUUUUGAUAAACCUAAUACGCACUUGUUUGAUGUUAAGGAUAAAAGGCUUACAAACUUAUAUUAAGACGGCCAAGCACAAUAAUAUUUCUUUAAGCAACGUAGUCAUAUCUCUGUAACAAGGACAAACAAGUAAAACUGAUAUUAAUGUUUAGGUCCGUAGCCAAUAGGGGGUCGGGGGUCGGUCAAACCCCCCCCCCCCCCCCCCCCCCCCCCCCCACCGGUGACUUUUUUACCCUUUUUUUUCACUAUGCUCCCGGACCCCUCCUAAGCAACUCGGGUGCUUCGCACCCUAGUGUGAGGCACUUCGUGCCUCACCAUAAGACUAAACGACCCCUCCCCCCUCAAAAUCCUGGCUACGGGGCUUAUCUUCAAUGUUCAAUGUUACAAUACGACAGCUGCGCAUAAUACAAAUACACUAUUUGAUUGCUAAGUCAUUUCACAUAUCCUAUAAAUACAACCACUGAUCCAUACCUUUGUUUAUAUAAUUGGACUAUUUUAAAGGCAUAUUGUCACAGUCCACUGACCUAUUUAAAAGUCUAACAAAGUAUUACCUGAACAAACAUAAUUUGAUUUGUCCCUAAAUGUACUUUAUCCAACCA